AUGUCCGACGCAGACCAAGAGUGGAAGCCGAAGGCUCGGCCUCAGUCAACCAUGGCACAGGCUUUCUCUUCUGCACUAGACUCUGCCUUUUCGCUCGAUAGCGAUGUGGACCAUCUUUCCUUAACUAUUGAUCAGAAAAAACACCAGAUGAUUAUCCAAAACCGAGAACUAGAAGAGCUUCAAGCCAGAAUUCGUGAGGCAGAAGAACGACUGAAAUCGCGUUCGUCAGUGAUUGGUGGUGCCCGAUCUUCGGACGCGCAAGCAAACGGUGGAUAUCAGUCCACAGAAUCCGCAUCAGCGACAACGUCCCCAACGGACACGGCAGGCCAGUACUCGAGCGGUGACGAACAACGGCAGAUGCCCGGCCGGCAACAGGGACGUAAUUCGUGA